UAUAUGAUAAUAAAAUAGCAUUAUCUUUUCAUUCACUGCAUAAAAUUGCCUUGGUUUGGUAUGUAUUUACAAGGGCAUGACAAUAACACUGUUUCUACCCAAGAAAACUUCAUACGAGCACUUGAUCACUACAAUGGAUGCAAGGUUGUAUGAGGCCGCUCGAAGAGGAGACACGGAUCAUUUGCACCAAUUGCUUCAUGAAAACCCACUUAUUCUGGAGAUUGUCGAGAGUCCCCUUAUCAUCGCUUGUAUCGCUGGGAAAGUUGAAUUUGUCAAGGAGAUAAUAAGGUUGAAACCAGAGAUUGCCAAAGAAGCAAAUCAAGAUGGCUUUAGCCCCAUUCAUAUAGCUGCUGCUAAUGGCCAUGUUGAUAUUGUUAAUGAACUUAUGAAAGUUGACCCCAGCAUUUGUCUGCUAGAGGGAAGAGACAAAAUGACUCCCCUUCAUUAUGCUGCCAUCAAAGGGAAAGCUGAGGUCAUUGGUGUUUUGCUUUCCAGUUAUCCUGAAUGCAUCAACGCUGCGACUGUUCAGCUAGAGACGCCUUUGCACCUUGCUGUCAAAACUAACCAACUCGAAGCAACAAAGUUAAUGGUGGAUCGAAUCAGAGAAAUUAAGAAGGACGAAAUGUUCAACGUCAGGGAUGAGCAAGGCAAUACCGUCCUGCACCUUGCAGUCUGGAAGAAACAACGCCAGGUGAUAGAACUGUUACUUGACAGCAGAACAUGCCCAGGCUCGUUGGAAGUGAACGCCACGAACCAUUAUGGUCUCACUGCCUUGGAUGUGCUUCUGCUAUUUCAAAGUGAAGCAGGUGAUCGAGAAAUUCUUGAGAUCCUGCAAGCUGUUGGAGCUAGGAAAGCAAGAGACAUUGCCCUUUCAACUAUUCCUCAUAGUCAAACCCUUAGAGAUACAUGCACAGCCCCAGAAACAGAUCAAUCACAGCAAACUAGCGUAGAAGACUAUUUUAAAUUUAAGAGGGGAAGAGACUCUCCCAGCACAGCUCGUGACACACUAUUAGUCAUAGCUAUUUUGGUUGCAACUGCCACAUUCCAAGUUGGGGUCAACCCUCCCGGAGGUUUUUGGCAAGAUACAUAUAAAACAGACACAAAAAACAGCAGCAGCAACAUCCAGGCACACAAUGCAGGCGAGUCCAUUUUGGGCACUAGAAAUGUAAUUGGAUUUAGCUUAAUUAUGUUUUUCAACACACUAGGGUUUCUAGUGUCUGUCUUCAUGAUCAACAUCCUCACAUGUAGAUUUCCCUUGCAGUUUGAGCUGCAAAUAUGCUUGGCUGCAAUGUCUUUCACCUAUAACACUGCAUUAAUAAAUACUGCACCAGAUAAGCCAAGGCUCUAUGUCAUUCUAGUCAGUACAAUUCUAUGUUCACUAACACCAAUCCUCAUGAAGUGGGGCAGACGACGUAUAAGGAGCUUGAACAACGUCUAGCAACUUUCUCUUGCUUUCACCAAGUACCUUAUACUUUGUAGAGUGUAUGAAUCUCAAGUAAUUCAGGUUGUAUAGUCCGUAAUAUAUAUGAUAAUUUUGAGUUUCUUCUGCAUAUUAAAUAACAUGAUUGAGUAGUUGAGAAAGGCUUGCUAUGUCCUCUCUCAACUGUUCGAUA